AUGUCUCAGCCUCCUCAAGGCAACCCUCUAGAAAUUUCUCAUCGCACGUGGCCAAAUUUCCAGAUUACCAUCAUCAGCAAAGAUGCGGCACCCUUUCCGUCGUUUCGAGCGAUACCAUCAAAGAAGGACACGCCGACAAAAUUUUGCUGUAAUAGCUCCCAGAAGCUGAAAUUCACCGCCGACGACACCAGCUUCGUCAAUGAUGGGAUCACACUUGCCUAUUAUAUGUCUCUGGCAGGCGAGGCGGCAGCAAAGAGCCCUCAUCCGGCGGCACGAUUGGCGAAAGUCAAGCUCCUUCCCAGCAAUGCUGAGAGCAAGCCGAAGGCGCCUAUCGAGCCCAACAAGGAACUGCCAGAUGGUGUCAAGAAUAUCCUUUUGCAGAUGGGUGAUAAAAAUGGCGCUCAGGUGGCGGACGUAGAGGAGCUGUCCAAGAAGCUGGGCAAGCUUGCUGCCACUUCGAUGAAUUUUGCUACAGUCGCUGGUUCGGAGAAAGCCAGUGACCCAGGGACUUGA